CCCUACCUAGUGCACUAUCUUUGUAACAGGCUGUUAUUUGGUAUACAUAAGCAUGUGUGUUACUCGUGGAUUACAAAUAACGUGCUUUUUACACUUUUUGCCUUAUUUACAGGUGUUUCACUGGUAAAGUGUUACAGAAAUCUCACCUUUAGUGCUUUUUAAGGAAGUGUUUUAUCCUAGUCAGGACCGCAGUGAACCCGGAGCCUAUUCCAGGAAUACUGGGAGCGAGACAGUGUCAGCCCCAUGAGCGCAUCGGAGGAAGCCUUGCAGGCCCGUGUGAAGGCGUUGGAGGAGGAAGUGGAGCGACUGAAGGCCCAGCUGAGGGAAAAGAGUGAUGGAGCACAGAGCGGCAAGGGGACGACGCCAGCCUCGAAGGCCCAGGAGAACGGAGGGAACAGUAAGAAAGGGAAAAGGGCGUUCGACUUUGCCGCACACCCACGGCGCCACGUGGCGCUGCGCCUAGCGUACCUGGGCUGGCAGUACCAGGGAUUUGCUGUGCAGGAGAACACGGACAACACAGUGGAGGCGAGACUGUUUGAGGCUCUGCUGAAAACAAAGCUGAUCCAGGACAGGCAGAGCUCCAAUUACCACCGCUGCGGCCGCACAGAUAAAGGAGUCAGCGCUUUCUCACAGGUCAUAUCCAUUGACCUGCGCUCGAGUCAGUUCAGUGGUUUGGGUGUGACCGUUCCUGCUGGUGUUGAACCUAAAGCUGGCAGUGGAGCUGCGACAGCCGAACUGCCUUACGUGAAGAUGCUGAACAGAGUCCUUCCUCCAGACAUCCGGGCUCUCAGCUGGUCUCCGGUGCCCAGCGGCUUCAGCGCCCGCUUCGACUGCCAGUCCCGAACGUACCGGUACUACUUUCCCCGUGGGAACCUGGACGUAGAGCUCAUGGCUGAAGCAGCCAAACGAUAUGAAGGCACUCAUGACUUCAGGAACUUGUGUAAGAUGGACGUGGGUAAUGGAGUUCUGCAGUUCCAGAGGACUAUCACGUCCGCUAACGUUCAGCCUUGUGAACCCUGUCACCCCUCACCCUCCGACCCUCAGCGCCUUUAUGUGUUCGAGGUCAAAGGUCUCGCCUUCCUGUACCACCAGGUUCGUUGCAUGAUGGCUGUGCUGCUUCUGAUUGGCCAGAAGCUGGAAGCGCCAGAGAUCAUCAGUCAGCUAUUGGAUGUUGAGAACAAUCCCAGGAAGCCUCAGUACAGUAUGGCAGUGGAUUACCCACUGGUGUUGUACGAGUGCCAUUUCGAUGGCCUGAGUUGGAUUAGUGAACGUGAAGAGGAGAGCCACGUGCUCAGCUCUCUUCUCCAACACUGGACUCAGACUGCAGUCAAAGCUCAGGUGCUGCACGGCAUGAUCCACGGCCUGCAGAGCACAGACACGGAUAAAGCACAGAUUAUGCAGUGCUGCCUCAUGGAAGGAUCCAGACAGCGCAACUAUCGCCCCCUGCUGGAGCGGCCACGCUGCGAGAGUCUGGAAUCGCGGAUCCAGCACUUUGUGAAGAGAGGACGACUUGAGCGGGAGGAAGGAGAGAGCGGGGAGGAGGGCAGCACCGUCUUCAGGGGCAAGAGGUCAAAACAUUCACAUCAAGUGAGCUCUACAAAUCAAGAAGAAGAAGAAGAGAACCUCCUGAGCCGAAAGGACAUUCCGUUACAUCCCUCAUAAUAAUCAUUUAUCAGUUUCUGUUUUUAAGAUGCACACCUGAUGAAAAACAAGAUGAACGAUCUCUUGUGUUCGUCGACCACUUCAUUCAAAGGCUUCAGAAUGCAGAAGUCGAUGGGGCGGAGCUUAAGUUCAAUCCAAUCAGCCAAUCACACACUUGAUUGUAUCACUACUAGUGGGUUUUUUCCACUUCAUCAACCUUCUGUACUGCCUAACAUGAAACCAUUUACUACCUUAUUUCAGUGACAUUAAAACAUUCAUGCAUUAAUUAGCUAAUGUUAGACAGGUGCACUGGAGGAUCAGGACGUGUGUGAUUUUGACAUAUUACUUAUUUUGAUGCCAAUUUUUGAAAAAAGAAUUUUUUUUAAUUGUAUUUUACUUUAAAGUUUUUAUUUGUAAAUUGCUUCAUAACAUCAUUUUCAGCUGUGCAUAUUUUCAGUUGGAUUAAAAAGUCAUGAACUGAACACUUUA